AUGAGAGAUCCUAGAUUGGGUAAGAAUGGCGCAGGCUGCAGAGAUCGGGCUAGCUCGAGGGACACACCUGCAGCAUCAUGCCGUGACAUCCGUUUAGCCGCCCGAGAAAUUCCCUUCUCCUAUCCUUUCCCCCUUCAUCCUCUUCAACAGCCAGCAGUCAGAGUUGUUCCCCAGUUUGGUCCUUCAUUCUUCCCACUUUUCAUUCCACACUUUUCCUUCAACAUGAACUACCUUCCAUAUCUUUCUUGGGCCGUAUUGGUGGUAAACUCGGUGAUUGCAAUGGGCGACGGCACACCAGAUGUCUCUUCUGGCAUCUUCGAAGUGGACUUGAUUUUCCCACGCAAUGAAACGUACACCCCUCAGGCGCUGAUGCCCAUAGUUUUCGCGCUGCAGAAUCCGUCCCUGGCUUCCCCUCUGGCAGCUACUAUCACCUGGGGGUUGCGAGAAGGCAACAACUGGUCUGCCCCAGGUUCCAUCACCGGCGGGGCUUUUGAGCUCUCUACAUUGAAUCUUCCGACUACUGGGCCUGGAUUUGCCACCAGCAUCUUCAACACUCUCUCCUACCCGGACGGCUCUUGGACCUUUGCCUGGAACCUACAACUUUACAAUUGCUCCGUAGCUGACAGCGCAAGUUGCUUGUUGUCUGAAAGCGUGAAUUGCUCUUUGGCUUACAACCCAGAUCAAAUCAUCGAAAUAUACAAUACCGUUGUUUUCACAGUCAGCCAGUCAGGGCAGGCACCCAGUCUCGAAGCAGCCACAUCUUCCGACAUGUGUGGCACCAUGGAAGCCUAUGCGUUCAACGUGACAUCUACCAGGGCAGCCUGCGGCUUCCUUGCGCCCAGUCCGACCACCAACCCGUGCGCGGCGACAAUCAACAAUUCCGCGGCGUCCAGUAUAUGGGCAACAGCCACCGAUUUUGCUUGUGACCCUCGAACGCAUUCGGAAUACCCCAACGUCACCUGUCCGACCCCCUCCUCCAAAUCCAACGGCGCGAGACAAUAUGGAAUGGUCGCAGCAUUGACAUUGCUCACGCUCUUUACCAUGGCGACUGCCUUGAUCCACCUUGGGUGA